AUGCGCACACUUCUAAGUGUAUUUAAAGCAGCCAAAGAUAACAACAGACGGACUGGUGCAUCGCCAUGUUUACCACCCUACAUGGAGUUGAUGAACGAAAUAUUUGGUGAUAAACCAAUUAUUUCAAAUAAUCACACUGCGACGUUAGGGUUUGACAGCUAUGUUGUAGAUAUAGAGGUGCUGAAAGAGUUGGAAAUAAACAUUGUGCAAACGCACGCUGAGCUAUCGCCAACGCAAGAAUCACCAACGGAAGAAUCGCCAACGCAGGAAUCUAUAACGCGGGAAUCGCCAAUGCAAUAAUCAUCAACGCAGGAAUUGCAAAUGCAGGAAUUGCCACAACCUUCAACUUCAUUAUUUAACCGCAAAAGAAAAUCUGUGCGUCAAGAAUAUUAUGACAACAAAUAGAGGAAGAGAAAUUAAAAUUUUUUAAAGAAACU